CAGCAUUGCUUCGGGUUUCAGUUUUCACACACUCCCUCACCGCUCUCCUCUAUAACCCCCACCAAAUUCGCCGAACUUUUCUCUCUUCUCUCUCUAGAAUUGUGUUGCGCUUGUAACGCCCAUGGGCUUCGCGAGCACUUCAGUCAAUCGCUUCGUUGCCGCUGGAGUGUUCCUUCUCAUAUCAGCCAUUGGAUCGGCCAAUGCGUCAAUCCACAUCUACGAUCGAGAUCCAUUCAGAGAAGUCGGCAAUGCUUACCUUCUCUCCGGCGGCAGCGAAGGCAUCGUCGCUUCUCGCAACCCCACUCCUCUGCGCCCUCAUGCAAUCCACUCUUCACCUCACGAUGGACGCUCUUACGUCAGAUUUGAGAAUAUCACAUUUUGGAGGAGUAAAGCAGUUGCAGACCAGCACCCAGACAUGGCAUAUAGUACUGGGUUGAUCCAAGUCAUAAUCUUUGAGGCAGCUGAUCGUGAUAAUAUAGGUGGUUCAGCUUAUGGGGGGCAAAGAUCUCUCUGUUGCACCCCUGAUCUUGCUAAGCUGGAAGGUUGUAAACAAGGGGAAGUCAUUAGGAUACCUUCUGCAACCAAUAAAAAAUGGCCUAUCAUUUUAAAUGCACGUUUCCAUGGGAACUUAUUAUCCACAAAUCUGAAAAAUAAGGAGAUUUACAUCAAGAAGACUGGGAUGUACAACUUAUUCUUUAUAUCAUGUGAUCCAAAACUCAAAGGAAUGACCAUGAGUGGGAGGACGCAAUGGAAAAACCCUGAUGGUUAUUUACCAGGUAGAAUGGCCCCCUUGAUGAAGUUUUACGUGAUCAUGUCUCUCGCAUAUGCAUUGCUCAGUAUGAUCUGGUUUUUUCAGUACAUGAGAUAUUGGAAGGAUGUUUUGCAGCUUCAGCACUGCAUCACCACUGUUAUUGCUCUUGGUUUGUUUGAGAUGAUGCUUUGGUAUUUUGAGUAUGCAUACUUCAAUAACACGGGAAAAAGGCCAGUGGGAAUCACAACAUGGGUUGUGACAAUUGGAGCCAUAAGGAGAACUAUUUCACGCCUUCUUAUACUCUCUGUUUCAAUGGGCUAUGGUGUUGUGCGUCCUACUCUUGGUGGUCUUACUACAAAGGUGACGCUUCUUGGAAUAACUUAUUUCUUGGCAUCUGAAUUGCUAAAUAUUACCGAGUAUGUGGGAACCAUAAAUGACAUAGCAGGACGCGCGAGAGUCUUUCUAGUCCUUCCAGAUGCAUUCCUGGAUGCAUUUUUAAUCUUGUGGAUUUUCACUUCUUUAUCCAAAACACUAGAUCAGCUACAGGCAAAGAGGAGUUCUGUUAAGUUGGAUAUUUAUCGAAAGUUCUCAAAUGCAUUAGCAGUCACGGUUAUUGUUUCAGUAGCUUGGAUAGGAUAUGAGGUUUAUUUCAAAGCGACAGAUCCAUUCAAUGAGCGGUGGCAAGGUGGGUGGAUCAUCACUGCUUUCUGGGACAUUCUUGCAUUGGCAUUGCUUUGUGUCAUGUGCUAUCUCUGGGCACCAUCACAGAGCUCUCAACGUUAUGCCUAUUCUGACAAAAAUGGGGGAGAUUCCGACGAUGAAGAAUCUCAAUCCUUAUGCAGAGAAACACCAAAAGGUGACAUCAGUUUAGUCAAACAGGAUAGAAAGGAGAAGAUUGCCGAAGGAACUGAGGAUUCUGAAGUAGAAGAAGAUAAAGGGGAAUGAUUGCAACGAAUCCAAUAGAUGAACAACAUUUUUCCUCAGAGGGAUUUGCAAAAAAAAGAUACGCUAUGAUACGAGAAGAAAAAAACUGGAAUACCUCUGCGAUUUCAUGUAAAUUUGCUUCACCGUAAUCAUUUUUUGUAACUCCAUUUGUUAAAAGAUGGCUGCUAUCUGUAUAUAUCGACAGGGACAUGAAACCUUGGAAAAGAAGAUUGCUGAUGGGCUGCAAUGUUAGAUGCUUUGGUUUAAGGUUUGUCAUUGUGAUUGUAAUGAUAUAUUUUUUUUUUCGUGGUAGGGUGUAAUAUAAUUUCUCUGUUUUUGUGAAAUCAGACAAAGUCCAGCCAACUUUGAAAUGGGGCCGUUCAAAAACCUAAGGGUAGUUUUCCUCAUCACAAAGGUUGUUAUAUGUCGG